CUUGCAUGAGCUCACUGCCUGUAAUUGCCUCCUCCCAGCUUCUCUGACUAAAUACUGAAGCUUUCUGACACGCUGCACACUUUUACACAGUCUAACAGUGAUAUCAGAGAGUCUAAAGGAAGCAGCAGGGGUCGAUAUGAAGCUGGUGGUCUUCCUCUUCCUCCUCCUCCAGGUAUCCGGAACUGCAGACAGCAGGUGUUUCUGUCAGCUCACAGGUGACCUGGAAGACUGCGCCUGUGAUGUGGAAACCAUCGACGGCUUCAACAACGACCAACUGUUCCCAAAACUUCAAACUCUUCUGGAGUCUGACUACUUUAGGUUUUACAAGGUGAACCUGAAUAAGCCGUGUCCGUUCUGGAUGGACUUGAAUCAGUGCGGUCUGACGCUCUGUGCUGUGCAGCCCUGCUCUCCUAACGAGGUGCCAGAAGGACUCCGAUCCUCCUCACACAACAAGUAUUCAGCCGAAGCAAACGAGCAGCCGGAUGAGUGCGAGAAGGCCGAGCACCUCGGAGCUGUAGAUGUCUCUUUAAGCGCUGAGACCAGAGAGGCUCUGCAGGAUUGGAGCAAACACGAUGACGAGGCCGAGCGCUUCUGUGUGGUUGACGACGAGCAGUCACCAGACUCUCAGUACGUUGACCUGCUGCUGAACCCGGAGCGCUUCACAGGCUAUAAGGGACCAGAGGCCUGGCAGAUCUGGAACAGCAUCUACGAGGAGAACUGCUUCAAGCCGUAUAGUAUCAAACGACCACUACAUCCCAGUGUUUUCCAGAGCGGUGCAGGAAGUGAUGGAGGGGCUUUCUACAGCUGGCUGGAAGGUCAGUGUGUGGAGAAGAGAGCUUUUUACCGGCUUGUCUCCGGCCUCCACGCCAGCAUCAACAUACAUCUGAGUGCCAGAUACCUCCUGGAGGACAGCUGGUUUCAGAGGAAGUGGGGUCACAACAUGUCAGAGUUCAGGCAGCGUUUCGACUCGGAGCUGACGGACGGCGAGGGGCCCAAGAGGCUCCGCAACCUCUACUUCCUGUACCUGAUCGAGCUGCGAGCGAUGGCCAAAGUGCUGCCGUUCUUCCUGCAGUCGUCGUUCAAGCUGUACACCGGCCGACCGGAGGAGGACCGGAAACAUAAAGCGAUGCUGCUGGAGAUCCUGGAGCUGAGCAGAUCUUUCCCUCUGCACUUUGAUGAGACUUCUCUGUUCGGUGGGAAUGAAAAAGAAGCAGCCAAACUGAAGGAGGACAUCAGACUGGCCUUCCUCAACAUCUCCAGGAUCAUGGACUGUGUCGGCUGCUUCAAAUGUCGCCUGUGGGGGAAACUGCAGACUCAGGGAUUAGGCACGGCGUUAAAGAUCUUGUUUUCAGAGCGACAGAUUGAAGCUUUGCCAACAUCCAGCGCACAGCGACCCACUUUCAAGCUCAGCCGGCAGGAGGUCGUCUCCCUGUUCAACGCCUUCGGAAGGGUUUCCAAUAGCAUCCGGGAGCUGAAGAACUUCAGAUCGCUGCUGGCGGAGGAGCGGUGACGGUGACGAGAGGAGUCAUCUGUCGACUCUUUUGACGGAGCAGCCCGUCCUUUACAAGAAAAACCACAAUAUGGGGCUUAAAUUCAGGCCGGCAAAAAUGACUUAUAGUUCAAUUUACGGCAUCUAGCGGCCGUAGUAAUUAUGACCCACAGUUCAGAUACAGUUCAGAUGACAUCAGUGUGAAAUGAUUUGAUACGUUUUGUUAGAAGGAGGCAGGAGGAAUGAGGAAUGGACGCCUCCAACAAUGAGUCAUGUUUCCAGUUGCAAUUUACUUAUUUUUGCAUAACUUUAAGGAAAUAUAAACCACGUUUCAAGUGAUCAUUUUAACCCAAGCCAUUAUCUUUAUCUUACCUUAAUCACAGCCAUGUCACAUCAUAAAACAUCAUUAUUAUCAUUGUUAUUAGCGACAUAUCAGGGUCCUAUUGGUCAUUCUGGAGAGCAUCGCCAUGGCAGCUAAAUGGUGUGAAUGUAACUAUAGGUUGUUUGUUUACCGGCUGAAUUUCAGGCCUGUACUUGAUUGUUGGCUGGGGUCAGUUUUCCACUUUAUAUCUAAACUUUUGUGACCACUGUAAGUCUCAGCAUGACCGUCCCGACUGUCUGAGUCCUGCUGAAAAGUCACUUAGAUGAAAAUCAGAGGUGAUGGGCGGUGGCUGUGCUUAUUUUUUUAGAAUGAAAUCUAACAAGUUGUCGUACUGUAUGUGUGAAAACCUGCCUUGAAUAAUGAUUUCAGAUAACGUUAAUUCACUAACUGCAAGUCUUCUUCACCGAUCAUCUGCUGUUAUUGUUCAGUGUACAGCUGAAACUGUUAAUUGAAUAAUUCAUUAGAUGCUCGACAGAAAAUUAAUCAGCAACUUGAUAAUUGAUUAAUUGUUUCAGAUAUUUUUUUUUAAAGCAAAAUUACUGACAUCUUAUUUCAGCUUCUUACAUGUGAUGAUUUGCUGUUUUUUUUUUUUUUUUUCAUAAAUGAGACUGACUUGAAUAUUUAAACGUUUUGGGCUGUUAGACAAAACAAACUAAUUGAAGACAUCACCAUGACAUUUCAUAGAUUAAAUGAUUAAUAGAAAAAUAUUAUGCAGAUUAAUUGAUAAUGAAAGGAAUUCUUAGUUGUAGUAAAGUGAUCAUGCUGAUGGGGGCGCUGUUUGCACAGAAAACUGAUUAAUAUAUUUUACAUGAUGAACUCACCAGCACAGGUUGAUUCAAAAUAUACAUUUAAAAAUCUUCAGAAAAGAUUAAAUAUAAAAAUAUAUGCAGUGUUUUAUGGUAAACAACUGAGACUGGAAAAAAAGUGUAUUUAUUUAUUUUAAAAUGUCAAUGUUUUUAUGAAUGUUUUUAUGCUUUUCAAUGAUCAAUAAUCUAUCGUAAAUGCUCACGUGAUCAUCCUUCUGCAGCUUUCAUUGACUGCUUGUGUUUAUGAACAUUAACCCACUUCUGUCACUGGGUUAAUGGUGCGUUCAGGUACACCAGGAGAACUCACAGCACCCUGCUUAACCUGUUUGUUUACUGUCUGACAUUUCACUAUGGACCUUCCAAUAAAGGCAAACAUGCCACAAA